AUGGCCGCUGAUAACGACCAGUUUGAUAAUCUGGACAAACACACUCAAUGGGGGAUCGACUUUCUUGAGCGCUACGCAAAGUUUGUCAAGGAGAGGCUGGACAUAGAGCAAAACUCUCUCUUUCAUAUCAGGAACUUGGUGAAGAAAUACUGUCCAAAACGCUCUAAAGAUGAGGAGCCGAGGUUCACAUCAUGUCUGUCCUUCUACUCCAUACUGAAUGAACUCAACGACUUUGCUGGUCAGAGGGAGGUGGUGGCGGAGGAGAUGUCUCAAAAGGUGUAUGGAGAGCUGAUGAGGUACAGCCAAGACCUCAAAUCUGAGAGGAAGCAUGUGAGGGGAGGCAGGAAGCCCAAGCAGCAUUUGGGUCAUUGCUGGAAACAGAUGAACAAUAGUAAAAGGAAGUUUGAGAGAGAGUGUAAAGAAGCAGAAAAAUCCCAGAUUACCUACGAUCGAUUAGAUAAUGACAUCAACGCCACCAAAUCAGAGGUGGAGAAGGCCAAAUCCCAGUUCUACCUACGGACUCACAUGGCUGACGAGAGUAAGAACGAGUACGCUGCUCAGCUACAAAACUUCAACGCAGAGCAGUGGAAACAUUUCAACAACGCCAUACCACACAUCUUCAAGAAUCUGCAGGACAUGGAUGAACGUCGGACAGUGAAGCUCGGAGAGACGUACCGGAGCUUUGCUGAGGCCGAGCGGAGAGUCAUUCCCAUCGUCUCCAAAUGUCUAGAAGGAAUGGUUUCUGCUGCCAAAGCUGUCAACGAAAGAAAGGAUUCAGCCAUCGUCGUAGAGUCAUUCAAGUCAGGCUUUGAACCUCCAGGCGACUUCCCCUUCGAGGACUUCAGUCAGAAUCUAAGCAGAACGGGUUCAGACGGGACCAUCAGCAACACACCCAAAGGAGAGAAAGACAGAGACAGCACUCCGGGGCCACGAUCCGACCCGAAACACCCUAUGAGCAGAACCAAGAACAAGCUGUGGCUGUUCGGGAAGAAACCAAAGGCCCCAUCUUUGGAGGAUUUCAGCCACUUACCCCCCGAACAGAGGAGGAAGAGGUUGCAGCAGAGGAUUGACGAGCUCAGCAAAGAGCUCCAGAAAGAGAUGGAUCAGAGAGACGCCCUGAACAAGAUGAAGGAUGUGUAUGAGAAAAACCCACAGAUGGGAGACCCCAUUAGCCUGCAGCCUAAAAUAUCAGAGACCAUAUGUAACAUGGAGAAGCUACGCUCGGAAAUCCACAAAAACGAGACUUGGUUAUCUGAGGUGGAGGGAAAGCAGAGCUCCAGGGGGGACAGAAGACACAGCGCUGACAACCACCAUCACACUCCUCAAGGCAGAGAGAGUCCUGAGGGCAGUUACACAGAUGACACCAGCCAGGAGCAUCACACACCUCACCGCCGCGCGGGCCCUCCAAAGCCCGGAAACCCGACCCCCGACCCGCACGAGUUUGACGACGAAUUUGACGACGACGACCCGCUGCCUGUCAUCGGACACUGCAAAGCGCUCUACUCCUUCGAUGGUCAGAACGAGGGGACGCUGGUGAUGGCAGAAGACGAGGUGCUAUACAUCAUCGAGGAGGAUAAAGGCGACGGCUGGACGAGGGCGAGGAAGCAGAGCGGCGAGGAGGGCUACGUCCCCACCUCCUACGUAGAAAUCACCAUGGAGAAAAACAGCAAAGGUGCUGUCACUUACAUCUGAAGCUACACUGUCCUCUCAUCCGUCUGUCAUCCUCUCCACCCCUGCUCUCUCUGUCCCUCAAAAUAACACUACAAAAAGGAAAAAAGACAGCAUCUGCACACCUGCAUGGACAUUCAUGUGUUUCCCUUUUCUGAUUUUCUCCCCAUCCUCCUCCUGUUUAUUCCUCUAACCCCGUAAUCAUUCAUCCUCAUCUCGCUCUCACAUCUGUGGGACUGAUGUUUCAGAGGUGAGUGUUUGAGCACAAAGGCAAAUAGGAAAAUCCUAUUUGAUGGUGUUUGAGUGGUUUGUAUAUGAGGUCUCUCUGCGCGUGUGUGUAUGUAUGUGCGUGAGAAAGAUGUCUCUACUGCUGUUUUGAGCCCAGCAUCAAGGCUACACCACUUCGAUCAAAGUGUUUAAGAUUGUUUAAUGUAAUAUAUUAGAAAUUUAUUUUUAUUUUUACUUGUUAAUUAUUUUGAUGUUUUUAAACUGGAGACGUUUAAAGCUCCCUGAUUUUAAGCUCUUUGGAUUCAUGUGUCGACAUAAUUUGAAGAUGUUCUGAUUUCAUCUUUUGUUAUUUCUGUCUGAUUGCAGUGUGUGUGUGUGUGCGCGCGUGUGUACCUGCACAAUUAUUUUUCUGUGUUACUUGUGCCAUCACACUAAAGAUUGAAUUAUUUUAAUAAAGGUUUCAGCCUUGUUAGAGGGACCGUUUUCAUACUGAACAUUGUUACAGGAGUUUAGUCUUUUUGAUGCAGUGUGUACUUUCAGAGCAUAGAUGGACAUUUCAAAGAGUAAAGCUGAUUUGAUUCUGUAUUUUUCUUUAUUAUCAACCAGCAAACCAAGUUUCUGAAUACUUUUGGAGUUCCUUAAGCUGUCGGUCUCCAAGUAAAUCUUUAAAAACAGGUCACAAAUAUAUAGUUUAAUUUUAAAAAAAGACUCAACCUUCACUAAAACAGCUGGUCACUGUAGGUUUUAGCAAAAAUUGCUGAAACUGUUAAAAGUAAUGCAUUUUUUGGAGACUAUUUUCAGCUGUAACCAAUAUGCUUUUUGUGCUCUUGUGCAGUGACUUGAGUUUAGGGGUCACAAGACAAAACAUAGCAAAUAAUGAUCUGCAUAAAGACCCUUAGGAAGAACAUUACAAUUUUAUGUUAUAUUUUGGUUAGCAGGAUCAAUUCUUUGUUGGGUUUGGUCUUUUUAAUGAUAUUCUCUAACAAAAAGAAAAUAUCAAAUAUAGCAAGCUGUAACUCUUUAAGCUUUAGAAACUUCAAGUUAGGAGGUAAAGUUAGGAAUAUGUUAGGAUGUGCAGUAUGAAAACGGUUUCACUGCAGUUAAAUGAGGCGGUAAGAAUAAUUCUUAUAGUUCUUACUGACAAAUUAUGUAUUUGAUGUUCUCUUUCACUCAUUAACUGACUGUUCAUGGUCAUUGUUUGAGUCACUGAUUAAAAGCAACUCUGAGCAUUA